AUGAUCCCCUCCCCCGAGAUCAAUCUCGACGACUAUGCCGUCUCCCCUCUUCACGGCUUCCUCCCGAACGGUCUCCCGCUUCAGAAGCUGCCCCAUGCGUACUACGCGGAAUGGGAAAACCUCGCCGUCCGGCUGCCGGAUCUGAUCAAAACCGGCCAGAUCAGAGGAUCAGUCAAUGCCUUGCCUGUUCUGACGACGACGUGGUUACAAACCGAGCCGGAGUGGCGUCGUGCGUACUCGAUCCUGGGAUUCCUCACGCACGCCUACAUCUGGGGGGGCGAGAAGCCCAAGGAUACUUUGCCUCCUUGUAUUGCAAAGCCCUUUCUCAAAAUCUCGAAGCACCUCGAGCUCCCUCCCUGCGCCACCUACGCAGCCCUUACCCUCUGGAACUACACCACAACCGCAGAGCUCGACAUCACCGAGCCCGACCACCUAUCUGUGCUCACCUCAUUCACCGGCACAAAGGAUGAAGAAUGGUUCAUGGUCCUCUCCGUCGCCAUCGAAGCCAAGGGUGCCCGGCUGGUCCCGCUGAUGCUCGAUGCCAUUGCUGCAGCUGCAGCCCACGACGUGCCACGCCUGACCGCGCUGCUGUGCCGCUUCACAGAUGGCCUGCAAGACCUCAGAGGCACUCUCGCGCGGAUGUGCGAGAAAAAUGCGCCGCACGUCUUCUUCCACCAGCUGCGGCCCUUCCUGGCCGGAAGCAAGAACAUGGCUGCGGCCGGCUUGCCGUCUGGCGUGUUCUAUGAUUUGGGCGCCGGCCAAGGCGAGUGGCAUCAGUAUAGCGGCGGCAGCAACGCGCAGAGCUCGCUCAUUCAGACCUUUGAUAUCUUCUUGGGGGUAAAUCACUCCGCGACAGGGAGCUUGAAUCCCUCGGGGUUUAGCUACAUUCAGGUCCGGCAUCUCCCUCCACGCUCCAGCACCAUAUACAAUAUGCAAGAAGACCUCGAUAUGAGAAACUACAUGCCAGCCCCGCACAAGCGCUUCCUGGAGACGCUCUCCGCCCUCUCCAACGUCCGUCCCUACGUAGCCUCCACUCAGGCCGACUCGCCCCUCAAGGAAGCAUUCAACGCCGCCGUUCUCUCGCUCAGCUCCUUCCGCGACACCCACAUCCAGAUCGUCUCGCGCUACAUCAUCAUGCCAGCCCGCAGCAACGCGCCUGUGGAACAGCCCUUGCGGGAAAAGGUCAAUCUAGCCACGGCAAGCACCCAGGUGAAGGGGCUUAGCGAGGCUAAUCCCACCGGGCUCUAUGGGACGGGUGGCACGAACUUGAUACCCUUUCUGAAACAGACCCGGGACACGACUAAGUCUGCUACAUGCUAG